AUGUACGGACUAGAUGAUGCGCCAAGCUGGCGAUCCGGGUGAUUUCAUGCUAACCAAUCAGAGUUAACCUUUUCAGCCUAUAUAUAGAGAGAAGAGCAAUAACCCUAAUGGCACUUAGCUACUCCAUUCCUAGGGCUUUGACUACUUUAUUCUAUUCGAUUUUCUGCAAAAUUUCGUCACUAGUUCUACAUUUUUCGCUUCCAAGGAGACGAUGAGUACAGGCGCAGGAACCGGCACCACCAAAGGUGGGAGAGGAAAGCCAAAGGCCACCAAGUCCGUCUCUCGUUCGUCUAAGGCCGGUCUUCAGUUCCCCGUCGGAAGAAUCGCCAGAUUCCUCAAGGCCGGAAAGUACGCCGAGCGUGUCGGUGCCGGAGCUCCGGUCUAUCUCUCUGCCGUUCUCGAGUACCUCGCCGCCGAGGUGUUGGAGCUUGCUGGAAAUGCAGCGAGGGAUAACAAGAAGACACGUAUUGUACCAAGACACAUUCAGCUUGCGGUGAGGAACGACGAGGAGCUUAGCAAACUUCUGGGAAGCGUGACGAUUGCUAAUGGAGGAGUUUUGCCAAACAUUCACCAGAACCUUUUGCCUUCAAAGGCCGGGAAGAACAAAGGAGAUAUUGGAUCUGCCUCUCAGGAGUUUUGAGUCUCGUUUUAGCCUCUUGUAUAUUAGACCCUGAAUGUUUUUUUCUGGGAUCAGUUCGCUUUAGAUCUAAGCAUAUGGCUUUUGCAGAAUCUGUUCGAUGACCGAUGGAAUGAAUGUAAAAUUUUAAAUGGAUACACAUGGUUUUGAUUCAGUUUUUUUUUUCAAUGAAAUAUAAAUUCUGAGCAAGUACAAUUAAUCUUUGAGACUAGCAAAGUUUCAACUCUGUUUCAGAUUGCUUCUGUGUAUCAA